UUUUCACGAGUCCCUGACGUCGACGACGUCCCGCUUUAAAAGAGGCCGCGCAGGCGCAGUGGGCCGAAAUGCGAACUUAGGCUGUUACACAACUGCUGGGCUUUGCUCUCGCCGCCGGCCCGGCAGCCCGUCUGCGUCGCCGCCGCUGUCUCCGCCAGCCGCCGCCGCCGCCGCCGCCGUUCCGGGAGUCCCCGGGCCCGCCGCCGCCCGCCCGCCCCCCGCCGCCUCCGGACGUCGCCGGGCGCCCUCGCCGUGCCCCUCCGCGCGGCUUCUGGCCGACCCGUCCGCGUCUGCCUCGGCGCCUCUCUCCGCCCGCCGCGCUCGCCGCUCGGGUCGUCAUGAGUGGGGACCAUCUCCACAACGAUUCCCAGAUCGAGACGGAUUUCCGAUUGAAUGAUUCUCACAAACACAAAGAUAAACACAAAGAUCGAGAACAUCGGCACAAAGAGCACAAAAAGGACAAAGAAAAGGACCGAGAAAAGUCCAAACAUAGCAACAGUGAACAUAAAGAUUCUGAAAAGAAACACAAAGAAAAGGAGAAAACCAAACACAAAGACGGAAGUUCAGAAAAGCAUAAAGACAAACACAAAGACAGAGAUAAGGAAAAACGAAAGGAGGAAAAGAUUAGAGCCUCUGGGGAUGCAAAAAUAAAGAAGGAGAAGGAGAAUGGCUUUUCUAGUCCACCACGAAUUAAAGAUGAACCAGAGGACGAUAAUUAUUUUGUUCCUCCCAAAGAGGAUAUAAAGCCAUUAAAGAGACCACGAGAUGAGGAUGACGCUGAUUAUAAACCUAAGAAAAUUAAAACAGAAGAUAUCAAGAAGGAAAAGAAACGGAAACUAGAGGAAGAAGAGGACGUUAAAUUGAAAAAACCCAAGAAUAAAGAUAAAGAUAAAAAAGUUCCUGAGCCAGAUAGCAAGAAAAAGAAACCGAAGAAAGAAGAGGAGCAGAAAUGGAAAUGGUGGGAGGAAGAGCGCUAUCCUGAAGGCAUCAAGUGGAAAUUCCUAGAGCAUAAAGGUCCUGUAUUUGCUCCACCAUAUGAGCCUCUUCCAGAGAGUGUCAAGUUUUACUAUGAUGGUAAAGUCAUGAAGCUGAGCCCCAAAGCAGAAGAAGUAGCUACGUUCUUUGCAAAAAUGCUCGACCAUGAAUAUACUACUAAGGAAAUAUUUAGGAAAAAUUUCUUUAAAGACUGGAGAAAGGAAAUGACUAAUGAUGAGAAGAAUAUUAUCACCAACUUAAGCAAAUGUGAUUUUAACCAGAUGAGCCAGUAUUUCAAAGCUCAGUCUGAGGCUCGGAAGCAGAUGAGCAAGGAAGAGAAGCAGAAAAUCAAAGAGGAGAAUGAAAAAUUACUGAAAGAAUAUGGCUUCUGUAUUAUGGAUAAUCACAGAGAGAGGAUUGCCAACUUCAAGAUAGAACCUCCUGGGCUUUUCCGUGGUCGUGGCAACCAUCCAAAGAUGGGCAUGCUGAAGAGACGAAUUAUGCCUGAAGAUAUAAUCAUCAACUGCAGCAAAGAUGCCAAGGUUCCUUCUCCUCCUCCAGGACAUAAAUGGAAAGAGGUCCGACAUGAUAACAAGGUUACUUGGCUGGUCUCCUGGACAGAGAAUAUCCAAGGUUCCAUUAAAUACAUCAUGCUGAACCCUAGUUCUCGAAUCAAGGGUGAGAAAGAUUGGCAGAAAUAUGAGACUGCUCGUCGGCUGAAGAAGUGUGUGGACAAGAUCCGGAACCAAUAUCGAGAAGACUGGAAGUCCAAAGAGAUGAAAGUCCGGCAGAGAGCUGUAGCCUUAUACUUUAUUGACAAGCUGGCUCUGAGAGCAGGUAAUGAGAAGGAGGAAGGAGAAACAGCGGACACUGUGGGUUGCUGCUCACUUCGUGUAGAACACAUCAAUCUGCACCCAGAGUUGGAUGGUCAGGAAUAUGUGGUAGAAUUUGACUUCCUUGGGAAGGACUCAAUCAGAUACUAUAACAAGGUCCCUGUUGAGAAAAGAGUUUUUAAAAACUUACAACUAUUUAUGGAGAACAAGCAGCCUGAGGAUGAUCUUUUUGAUAGACUCAAUACUGGUAUUUUAAAUAAGCAUCUUCAGGAUCUCAUGGAAGGCUUAACAGCCAAGGUGUUCCGUACAUACAAUGCCUCCAUUACGCUACAGCAGCAGCUUAAAGAACUUACAGCUCCGGAUGAGAACAUCCCAGCAAAGAUCCUUUCUUACAACCGAGCCAAUCGAGCUGUUGCGAUUCUCUGUAACCAUCAGAGGGCACCACCUAAAACUUUUGAGAAGUCCAUGAUGAACUUACAAUCUAAGAUCGAUGCUAAAAAGGAACAGCUAGCAGAUGCCCGGAGAGAUCUGAAGAGUGCUAAGGCUGAUGCCAAGGUCAUGAAGGAUGCAAAGACUAAGAAGGUGGUAGAAUCAAAGAAGAAAGCUGUGCAGAGACUGGAGGAACAAUUAAUGAAGCUUGAAGUUCAGGCCACAGACCGAGAAGAAAAUAAACAGAUUGCCUUGGGGACCUCCAAACUCAAUUAUCUGGACCCUAGGAUCUCAGUGGCUUGGUGCAAGAAGUGGGGGAUUCCAAUUGAGAAAAUUUACAACAAAACCCAGCGGGAGAAGUUUGCCUGGGCUAUUGACAUGGCCGAUGAGGACUACGAGUUCUAGCCAGUCUUGAGGGGAAGGGUUCUGUGGAAAGGAACAGUGUGGUUUGGGGAGAUGGAUAAACUGUGAGCCUCACUUACCCUCAGACCUGAGGGAGAGAGGCAGCAAGUCUUAACAAACCAACAUCUUUGCGAAAAGAUAAACCUGGAGAUAUUAUAAGGGAGAGCUGAGCCAGUUGUCCUAUGGACAACUUAUUUAAAAAUAUUUCAAAUAUCAAAAUUCUAGCUGUAUGAUUUGUUUUGAAUUUUUUUUUUUCCAGAAGGGCAAGUGGAUGGGAAUUUGUCAAGUGUUCUGCCAGGCAAAUUCACUGUUUCACUGAAGCAUUGGGAUUCUCUUAGCUACUGUAUACAAAGUCCGAUUAUAUUGGUGCGUUUUUACAGUUAGGGUUUUGCAAUAACUUCUAUAUUUUAAUAGAAAUGAAUUCCUAAACUCCCCUCCCUCCCCCAUUUCAGGAAUUUAAAAUUAAGUAGAACAAAAACCCAGCGCACCUGUUAGAGUGGUCACUAUCUAUUGUGUCAUGGGAAUCAAUUUUCAUUAAACUUGAAGCAGUUGUGACAUCGGCAGUGUUUUGGUUCAGACACCUAUUCACAGAAAAGCAUGAUGGGAAAAUAUUUCCUGACUUGAGUGUUCCUUUUUAAAUGUGAAUUUUUAUUUCUUUUUAAUUAUUUUAAAAUAUUUAAACCUUUUUCUUGAUCUUAAAGAUCGUGUAGAUUGGGGUUGGGGAGGGAUGACGGGUGAGUGAGUAUAAGGAUAAUGAAAUAAUCAGUGACUGAAACCAUUUUCCCAUCAUUCUUUGUUCUGAGCAUUCUCUGUACCCUUUCAGAUAUUCAUCUUUUUGUUUCAAACCCCAGUCUUUCACUUGAAAGAUGUAUAAAAAGUUCCACAGGUCAAUAAAUCUAGAGGAAAAUGAGUAUUUGGUCCCAAAAAGGAAAAAAAAAUAAUCAAGAUUUUAGGGCUUUUAUUUUUUUCUUUUGUAAUUGUGUAAAAAAUGGAAAAAAAAACAUAAAAAGCAGAAUUUUAAUGUGAAAACAUUUUUUGCUAUAAUCAUUAGUUUAGAGGCAUUGUUAGUUUAGUGUGUGUGCAGAGUCCAUUUCCCACAUCUUUCCUCAAGUAUCUUCUAUUUUUAUCAUGAAUUCCCUUUUAAUCAACUGUAGGUUAUUUAAAAUAAAUUCCUACAACUUAACGGAAAUUUAGUCUCUGCCUUUUUGUUACAGAGCCGCAGGUCAGAGUGGGGAUUUGGGGUUGGCACUUCAUGCAUGUGAUCUGACUGUUAAGGUGACAAGCGUGGUUCCCUCUCAAGGAGCUGGGACUUGAGGCCAGAGCGAAAGUAAUACAGCGGGUAGGGCGUUCAAUCCCCAGGAACCCAUAUGGUCCCCCAAGCAACACCAGGAGUAAUUCCUGAGUGCAUAGCCAGGAGUAACCCCUGAGCAUUGCUGGGUGUGACCCCCCAAAAAAGAAAAAAAAAAAGGAGCUGGGACUGGGUGAGACUUUAUCUGUUCAGCUUUUGCAGUUGUGUGUCAGAGAGCAAAGUCUACAUUUCUUAGAUAGAGGCAUGUCCAAGAAAUGAGGGAGGGUACAGAAAAUCUACAAAACGUAUUGAUUCAAGAACUGUAUUAGAAGCUAGCGUGGGUAAUAUUUUUCUGAGCAAGACGAAGCCAGGUAUUUUGGAGACACAUCUUUUCAAGUGUUUGAUCUGGUACUGGCUAGAAGCAGAAAGCAGCUUAUUAGUAUUUGCUUAUGUGACUGAGUUUAAAGUCAGGAUGGCGAUUAUGAUGAACAUUGAGCUGUCAGAACGCUAGUUCCCAAGAGUCUUGACUGGAAUGCAGGCAUCUCCCUAUGUUUGAAGGAGGACAUGAGCUGUUACCACUUCUUGUAUUAGAACAGAGACUCCUACAUUUUUCCUCUUUAUGCACUGAGAAUGUGGCAGAAGUAGUAAAGCCACAGCAAAGCAUGAAUCUCCCCAAUCCCCCAAGUAAUACCAAGGUAUGGCCUUAGUGCCAGGAGCACCACUAGGCCCAACUUUCACAGCUAUUAAAACUUCUUUUCCUGGGGCUGGAGUGAUAGCACAGUGGGUAGGGCGUUUGCCUUGCACACGGCCGACCUGGGUUCAAAUCCCAGCAUCCCAUAUGAUCCCCUGAGCACCACCAGGAGUAACCCCUGUGCAUCGCUGGGUGUGACCCAAAAAGAAAAAAAAAAAAAAAAACUUCCUUUCCUGGAUUACCUCUCAGUCUGGGAGCAAGGUGAUGGGGUGAGGUCUCCACUCAAAUAAAGGAAGGAGCAAGAAGACAGUAGUGGUCAAAAUUGCCCCCUUAACCUGAAUCCUCCACUAGUUAACAUAGGGCAACUGAAUUUAGGAAAGAAAGCCAUCUCCUUGCCCUUUACUGAACUCAACUUGGGACUGGAUAUAGGGAUGGUGUCAAACCCAUUGCAGGGAACCCUGGAGGUCUUCCUCAUUAGCUAUCUUCAUUUGUCAUUUAUUGCGGGGAUAGGGAUGGGGUAAUACCCAAUGGUGCUUGGGAUAUACUCCUAGCUCUGUGCUCAGGGAUCACUCCUGGUGGUCUCCAUGGUGCCAGGGAUUGAACCCAGAUCAGCUACAUGCAAAUCCCUCUACGGUAUCUGACCCAUCUUUAUUUCUGUACCCUGUGAGCAUUCACCCCAGUGAUGACACCGUCACUGCUUUGGAGCAGCACAAUGUGACCGUGUAUUUUUCAGUCUUGUGGUAUUGAGGCGAUCAACUGACUAUAAGGAAUGUCAGCAGGGGCUCUUCCAGUACCCAGUCAAUGCAUACACUUUGUAGCUAGCUCAUGGGUGUAUGAUGCAAACUUAAGCCAGAACAUGCAACACCUAGGAGACCAAUCUUUACCACAUCAAAAUUAGGAGGUCUUACAGGCAGAUUCUGCUGAGGAGCAGGAAGCUGGGCAUACCUCUCCCACAAGGACUUGCAUACAAAUCUUCUGAGGCACGUGCAGAACAGCUCCAUGUGGGUAAAUGGUUGUGAAAGCAUCUGGUUGGUGGCAGCUGACUAGGAGAGGGAGCAAAUUCACCUGACCACUUACAUUGAGGAAGAGGCCAGGCAGCGAGGUGUGAGGAUGGAUAUGGGAACUGGCCUUAAUAGUCCAGAUGAGGCCCUCCCAGCUUGGUAAUCUAGUAGGCCUGUUACCUCAUUCCACUUCCAGCAAAGUUAAAAGGUUUGAAGGGCCCCAUCACGUCAGGCCUCCCUCACUUUUUUUUGGUUGGUUGGUUUUGAAGUCACAUUCAGUGGCGCUCAAGGCUUAACUCCUGACCUGGCUUUGCUCUCAGGGAUCACUUCUGACAGGGCUUGGGGGACAUCAGGGAUGCUGGGGAUCAAACAUAGGUCAACCGUGUGCCAGGCACUGUACUAUCCACUGUACUAUCACUCCUGCCAUGUUUUUGUAAAAAUAUCAUGCUUGCCUUUGGAGGCUGCAUAGGUCAUAUGGCAAAAGCAAAAAAAUACCUUUCCACGUACAAUUUUUUAGCUCUUAAUAAUGUGCCUCAAUUACCUCCACAUACACCAGUCUAGGUGAGUCCAGCUGUAGGCACAGCCAGAUAGCUGUCUUCAACCUAAACCAGACAUCUGGGUGCUUACUUGGCUCUCACCCCUCGUAGCUGGUCAGCAAAUCCUGUCUGUCCUACCUGUCAGAUCUACCUCAGAGCUCUGCCACAUUUUAAAAAUGGAAAAAGAAACUUCUCAACUCAGCCCUUUCCAGCCACCUACCCCUCCCACCCUCCACACUGCACAAACAAGCACCUGGAGUGAGUCAUCCCCGCCACUGGUCAUUCCUCCACCCACUACAGCUAGCUUCCUUCCCAUCACCUCAGCCCCCGCUCCAUCGGGAUCACAGUCAGUGAACACAUCACUCUUUUGACAGCUCCGGUGAAGUCACCUAUCAGGUGCAAAAUGUUUUUAGUAACUUUACUGAGUGGUAUAGCAGUGCCAGUUAAGUCAGCGUUGCACUCAUUCUAGUAAGAUCCCUUAGGCCCAAGUUCAGUUCUUCCAUGUUCCCACACCCAGCCUACACUAAUCCACUUCUAGAAAUUUAUCUUUUUUGGGUGUCUAAUGUAAACAGAACCUUACCGUACGAUGCUACCUUUUUUUGCAUUUGUGUGUCUCUGUGUUUGGGGCUUGGUGUUCAGAGGGCUCUCCCAGCUCAUCUUUAAUCCAUAUGAUGCUUUUCUUUAAAGUGCUUCUCUGGCUUUUAUGCCACCCUCCUUGUUUGACUCUUUUAUCAGGUCCUUUACUGGCAUUUUCUUCUCAUGGUCUAGCUUACUCAUAAGUAAAGAUGACUGCCUAUUCCUCUUAUUUCCAGCCUGGACUGCUGAGAUGAAACUGUAUUUCUCUGGCGAUCCUAGGACUUCUCAAUCUCGAAUCUUAAACUGGAGCUCAGUACAGUACUUAUUACUUAAGCUAGGAUGGAGUUCACAUUUCAGUGAAAAGCCCCAUCUAUUCUUCCCUCCUUACAGAAACUCAGGUAGCCAUCAUCCUUCACUCCAGUAAAUUACCAACUGAAAUUGCCUCCUAAGCACCACAUGCACUGAAUGUAUAUUUAAAAAAAACUUUGUUGAGAAAUGUUGACUUAUGGGGUGGGAGUGACAGUAUAGCAAAUAGGGUGUUUCCCUUAUAUGGGACUGUCCCAGAUCCAGUCCCCAGCACCCCAUAUGGUCCCCUGUGAGGAGUGACCCCUGAGCUCAGUCAGGAGUAAGCCCUGACCACUACUGGGUGUGGCCUCCCUCAAAAAAGUUGACUUAUUUCAGUCCAUACAAAGUCCUCAUAUACUGGGAUGCUCUUUCAACUUGUUUUGAACCAAAAAGCACUUUUGGGAGAGAAAAACAUUAUCCUGAAAUGACCUCAGUCAAGCUAGUUUUGGAUACUUCUAAGUAGCUCUCUUACAAAAUCAGUAAACAAGGCAGCAAAGAAAUUUACCACAGACUUAGUAAUUAUUUCUCACAAUCCCAAGUAUUACAUAUAAACAAGUCUCUUAAAGAUCACUUUAGUAGUAGGUGCUGACAUAUUUUAGGUUUGAUAAUGAUACUGUUGUUAGGUUAAAUGUUCUUAAAACUUAAGCACAAAUUUGUGAAUAAAAUUAUAAAGUUGAGAAUUUGUGUUAAAAUAAUAUGGAAGGAGUUACGACAUGAAAUACAGAUGGCCACCAGUUUAUAAUUAAAACUCGCUAAUGGAUACGUGGACAUUCCCUAUAUAAUCCUUUCUAUACUUUAUAUGCAUUUGAAAAUUUGUGUAAAAAAGUUGAAAUAAGUAUUAUGUAGAUUAUUGAUACAUAAAGUUAAACCUUUAAUAUUGUAUGAAGGUUAAUUGCUUAAGUUACAAUUUUUAGUGAUCGCAACACAAAUAAUUCAGACUUUCUUUAGAAAUAUGGAUGAAUUUCAAGCAGGUUGAACACAAAAGCAUGUGCUCAAAUCCCAUUUAUAUCAAAUUCAACAAAAUAGUCUAUAGUGAUGUAAGUGAAAGUAGAUCAUCAGUUGCUAGAUGGGGCAGAGGAAACACGUGCAGAAGGGGUAGCAAGAAACUUCUUUGGGCAAUAGAAAUGUUUGGUUUUCAUUGAGUGGAGAUAAUAUGAGCAUCUACAUUUGUCAAGGUUCCACAAAUUUUACACUUCAAAUGGGUGUUAUGUGUAAAUUCCUAAACAAAACUGAUUUUUCAGGCGUGCUCUCAGUGUAAAAGGCAGUAAAGGCUUUUAGGAAUUAGAUAAUUCAAGAAAUGAAUUUAAUGGUGACAAAUAUAAAUCGAAGAUUCAUGCGGAGUUUGAAAAAGCUAUUUACUAGAAAGGCGAUAAUAGGGAAAACUAAUAUUCACAAAUACUUUGUUUUAAAUAAUGUAUAUGUACAUGUAACAAAUAAACGUGGACAUUUUGAUCCUGCAUGUCUAAAAA